AAUUUAGUUUUGAAAGAAAUGCGAAUAUAAACGGUCAGCGUUUAGUUUGUUACUCUAAUAUUAAGCUUCCGGUAAUCACCUUAGAACUAAUUUCUUUUUGUUGUGAAAAUCUUUUUUUUUUAUCAAUCAUGUCAGUUUUAAGACAUUUAAACCGAUGCUUGCUUAUCAAGCCAAACCAACCCAAAUUACUUGUACAGUCAUGUUUCUUCCACAAAAGUUCGACAGCGAAAUCAAAGGACGAGUAUCUCAUCGAUUCGCCAGAGUAUUCAUUUCUAAGAGAUAUUGGCAUCGAACAAGAAAAUUUCGGUGUUUAUAAUGGAGCCUGGAAGGGCUCUGGAGAGCUAAUUACAUCCAUAGAUCCUGGCACAGGGCGGAAAAUUGCCAAUAUACGUACGGGCAGCGUUGAAGAAAUGGAUGAAGCGAUAGAAAUUGGCGUAAAAGCUUAUCGGCAAUGGUGCCAAGUACCAGCACCCGUGCGUGGUGAUAUUAUUCGACAAAUUGGCGAUGAAAUGCGUAAAUAUAAAGAGCCACUUGGUAAGCUGGUCAGCUUAGAAGUUGGAAAAAUUCUCAGCGAAGGACAAGGAGAAGUGCAAGAAUUUAUUGAUAUUUGUGAUUACGCUGCGGGGCUGUCACGCAUUUAUGCGGGACAAGUGAUUAAUUCCGAACGACCUGAUCACACAAUAUUGGAAGCAUGGCGCCCUUUGGGUUUAGUGGGAAUAAUAUCAGCAUAUAAUUUCCCGAAUGCCGUAUUCGGUUGGAAUGCUGCAAUUGCGUUGACCACUGGUAACAGCGUUCUCUGGAAAGGAGCACCCACAACUUCGCUGGUCUCGGUGGCUACCAUGAAAAUCCUUUCCGAAGUGUUGCAACGUAAUAACCUACCACCGAUUGCGGUACUCUGUCAGGGUGGCGUCAAUGUUGGUCAGACGCUUGUAUCCGAUAAUCGAGUUAAGCUUGUAUCAUUUACUGGUAGUUGUGAAACUGGUCGCAAUGUUGGUGUGGAAGUACAAAAACGUUUCGGCAAAGUCAUACUGGAGCUGGGCGGCAACAAUGCCUUGCUCGUAGAUCAGGAUGCUAAUUUCAAUAUGGUAUUAGAAGCUGCACUCUUCGGCUGUAUUGGUACUUCUGGACAGCGUUGCACCACCACACGUCGCAUAAUUGUUCACGAAAAGUUGUACGAUCGUUUAGUUCAGGAAUUGGUCGCCAAGUACAAGCAAGUUCUACCAAAAGUCGGUCAUCAAUUAGAUCCCAAUACGUUGAUUGGCCCUGUACAUACACAACAAAAUAUAGAACACUAUAAAGCCGCUAUCACAGAGGCGAUUAAAUUAGGCGGCAGAGUUGCUUUUGGCGGCAAUGUAAUACAAAGGGCAGGUUUCUAUGCCGAACCAACAAUCAUCACUGAUUUGCCACACAAUUCGCCUGUAGUGCAUCGCGAAACAUUCGCUCCCAUUGUAUACAUUCUGAAGGCGAAAUCCAUUGAAGAGGCCAUUGAAUGGAAUAACGAAGUCGAUCAGGGUCUUUCGUCAGCGAUAUUUACAGAAAAUAUUUCGAAUGCAUUUAAAUGGAUCGGUCCACAAGGAUCCGAUUGUGGCAUUGUGAAUAUAAAUACUACAACAAAUGGCGCAGAGAUUGGCGGUGCAUUUGGUGGUGAGAAACACACAGGCGGUGGUAGAGAAUCUGGUUCCGAUGCCUGGAAGCAAUAUUGUAAGCGUGCUACAAUCACAGUGAAUCAUUCCGGCAAGCUGGCACGUGCUCAAGGAGUGGAAUUUAAUGUGGAAUAAGUAAAUGAUCGAUGUUUGUUUUAUAUAUUAAAAAAUGCCAAUAAAUGUAUUGUGAUUCUGAACUGAA